GUACACUGUCAAAGAAAAAAGCUUCCAGCUGCUCCGGCUGGGCGCUUUGGGAAGGCGUAACCAGCGCGCCGCAAUGGCGGCCUCGCUCUUAAAAAAUUCGUCUAAUGUAUUCACUGUGAGCCGUGGCGCAGUGUCAGCCUGUCGGCAUGCCUCCUCGAGCGGCGUGUCGGUGGCGUCGGCCGGCGACGUCGAGGUGCUGCCCACCACGCGGCUGUCGGACCUGCCACGCGGCCGCGGCGGCCGCUCCAGCUUCUCCGGACAGGUGGUCACCGUGUUUGGUGGUACCGGCUUCCUCGGCCGCUAUGUCGUCAACCGGCUGGGCAAGGUCGGAUCACAGAUCGUGACCGCCUACCGGGGCGAUGACUACGACGUGCGCCACCUCAAGCUGGCCGGCGACCUGGGCCAGGUGGUCUUCUGCCACUACAACCUGCGCGACAUGGACUCCAUCCGGAAGGCCGUCAAGCACUCCAAUGUGGUCAUCAACCUGGUGGGCCGCGACUUCACCACCUUCAACUUCAAGUUCGAUGACGUCCACAACGCGGGCGCGCGGGCUAUCGCGCGGGCCUGCCGCGAGGCCGGCGUUAAGAAACUGGUGCACUUCUCGGCACUGAACGCGGCGGAGAACCCUGAGGGACACGUGCUGAAGGGUGGCUCUCAGUUCCUGCGGAGCAAGUGGCACGGCGAGAUGGCCGUGCGCGAGGAGUUCCCCGAUGCCAUCGUGUUUCGGCCGGCAGACAUGUUCGGCCAGGAGGACCGGUUCACCAGGUACUUCACGAGCCUGACCCGGCACCAGGGCAAGUGGAUGCCGCUGUACGGGAAGGGCGAGCACACCAUCAAGCAGCCGGUGUUCGUGGGGGACGUGGCGCUGGGCGUGGUGAAGGCGCUGGCCUCGCCGGACGCCGUCGGCCAGACGUACGAGGCCGUCGGACCGCACCGCUACCAGCUGAGCGAGCUGGUCGAUUGGUUCCACCGCGUCGUGCGCAAGAAGAGCGACUGGGGCUAUGUGCGUUACGACAUGAAGUGGGACCCGACGCUCAUGCUGCGCGCCCGCCUCAACGAGCUGUUCUGUCCCAGCUGGCCCAUCGGCACGCUGGUGCCCGACAAAGUGGAGCGGGAAUGCGUGACCGACACGGUGAGCGGUGCUCCGACUCUGGUCGACCUUGGUGUGACGCUGACCACCAUGGAGGAUCGCAUCAUGUGGGAGCUCAACCCACACAAGGCCGGCGCCUAUUACGAGGAGCAGCUGGACGAGUUCGAGAAGCCGGCGCCGCCGCGGGUGGUGGUGUGAGAGACGGCCCGCCGACGCCGGCGGCCGGACGGCUCUGCCGGCGGACACACGUAGCCCGGCCCCGUUAGGUGCAUCUGUGAUGUGAAUAUACUGUACAUACGCCUCGGGCAAAUGCAUGGCGUGAUCCAGA